GCGAGGGAAAACGGUGGCGGCGCGCAGUUGUCUGCCGCAGUGCCGCGCACGCCGCCGACGUCCACGCAUUAUCACCGCGCAUUUAUUUGUAAACAACCAACACAAUAACAUGAACUAUUCAAAUAAAAUUAACAGCUAAAGUUUUAAUAAUAACAGUGUUUUGUUUAAGUGAUAAAAUGCAGUUUGUGGUAGCUUCGUUGUUCGUGUUUGCAGUUUUUCAAGAAGUCACACAUGGCGAGGAAUUCGGCUAUGAUGGAAAUAUUGGUCCGAUGUACUGGGGCGAGCGCUACCGGGAGUGUGCAGGCAAGCACCAGAGCCCCAUCAAUAUCAACGUGCUGCGCGUCAAGCAGGUGACCUUGCCCGAGCUGGUGCUGGUCGGCUUCGAUGACUCCAUCGACAACGUGCACGUCACCAACAAUGGACAUACAGUUUUGAUCGAGGUGAAGAACGAACCACAUCCGCGUGUCAGAGGAGGCCCACUGGACAGUGACUACAUCUUCAGUCAGAUGCACUUCCAUUGGGGUGACAAUGAUACCUUCGGAUCCGAAGACAAAAUCAAUCAUAGAAGUUUCCCAAUGGAGUUACACAUGGUGUUUUACAAAGAAGAGUACAAGUCGCCCACGGAGGCUGUCAAACAUUCUGACGGAUUGACAGUCCUUGCCUUUUUCUACGAGCUCGAUCGCCACCAGCACCCAGCCUACGACGACAUAACCCUGGCUCUGCAGAACGUGACGGAACCCCACACUAGUGUCGUGAUGAGCCACCCGUUCUCCUUCCUCAACAUCUUGCCGUACGACCUGAAGCGGUACUUCACGUACCGAGGCUCACUCACCACGCCGCCCUGCUCCGAAGUCGUUAUCUGGCUCGACUUCGAACAACCGAUUAGGCUUACUCAUGAACAGAUCGAAGCAUUCAGAGAAAUAAGAUCGGCGCACGGGAAGAUUACUCACAACUUCAGGCCGAUCCAGCCAAUCGGGGACAGAGUUGUCUUCUACAACAUAGACAAUAACUACUACGUUUACAAUGAAAUCGAGGAUCACGAAGACACCACGACAGUCCGACCAUCAAGAAGAAAAAAGGGUCGCAGCAGCGGCACAUCACUAGUUCCUUCUACUUUAAGUGCUCUUAGUGUUAUUUAUGCGUUAUCUAUUAACUUGUGAUAAUCUAUUACCGCUUUAACCUAGACUUACACUUUUGUUAGUAAUUUAGGAUCUUAGACAUUGUAUGUAUAUUUGAAACUGUAAAAGAAAGGAUAUUAUUGUAUCAGUUGUGUAUCCAAGUAUCUAAAAAGCAACAUCUCAAACUCUCAACAUGCUAGUAACCCGAAGUUAGGUAACUUAAUAUCUGGGUUAGUAUAUUACAAAAGAUAUCCUGUCUCAACUAAUUGAAUAUUUAAUAUUUGAUGAAUGUACGUGUAUGAUGACUUUAAAAGAUAUAUUUAUAAAGCAAAA